AUGACUAACAACAGCUCUGUUGAUGGUAAAUCCUUCAUCCGCAAGAUUAAUGAUAAGGUGAUAAUUGUACAAAUUUUGGUGGUAAUUUUUCUAUGCAUUAACUUUGUGUUAAUUACAACUUUUUUUAUGAAGGAAAUCUUCUACACAAACAUGCGCUACAUUUUAUUUGCCAACACACUUUUUUGUGAUUGCACUAAUUUAGUAAUCACAAAUAUUUUGCUGAACUUAAGCUAUUUUGCUGUUCCUAUACCAUUAUGGCUCUGCAUUAUCCUCUUCAUUGUAUCAUCUUUGUGUAAUUUUGUCACUCCAUUGACUCUGACAGCAAUGAGCCUGGAGCGCUACGUGGCUAUUUGCAAACCACUGUCUCAUGCAGAGCUCAUUACCUCAAGCAGAGCCCUGCAGGGCAUUCUCCUGAUUAACUGUCUCAGCAUUAUACCCUUUAUUGUAAUCCUUUUAUUGUUUUUCUCUUCAGUCAGUUUAAGCCUGUUAAAACAUUUUGUUGUCUGCUCUGUAGAAAUGUUUAUUUUGUACAGAUGGCAGAGUGAUGUUAGGUCUGCAAUUAGUCAGCUUUACUUCCUGAUCAUGUGCAUCCUCAUUGCCUUUUCAUAUAUUCAGAUAAUGAAAGUUGCCAAAGCUGCAUCGGGAGAGAAUAAAGAGUCGGUGCGCAAAGGACUCAGAACAGUAAUUCUACAUGCUUUUCAGCUCUUGCUCUGUCUUAUGCAGUUGUGGACCCCCUUCAUUGAAGCUGCCAUAAUUCAGAUUAAUUUGAGCCUGUUUGUAAACAUUAGAUACCUUAACUAUAUAUUUUUUAAUCUUGCUCCACGAUGUUUAAGUCCUCUGAUCUAUGGACUCAGGGACGAGGCCUUUCUACUGGCACUGAAACACAAGGUGUUUGGUUGCCCAUUCAAGAACAAUUUGAAACUCUAGUUCUUAAGCAUUGACAUUGAAACAUUAUUAUUGACCUGUAGAAACAUCAAGCCUUUGUAUGCCUACAGAUGUACUGUAUUUUUUUUAAGUUUUACUAUAUCAUUUGAACAUACUUUAACCAAUGUACUCAGAACAGAUACUCUAAAAAGGAAGAAAUAGUGAACAUGGUUAGAAAAAGCAUAAUAGCUAUUUUUUUUACUUUGUGAUGUUUGUCGUAAUGUGAGCUUAAUACCUUUAUAGUUCAGAGUAAGAGAUGUCAGCUGCUUACAUUUUUUAAAUGCAGGUCAUUAGUUUUUCUUAUAUCAGUGACAAAAAACUAACUUGUUUCAU